AUGGUAUCAAAGUGGGUAUGCUGGAUCUCCGUCGAUGAUGAGCUCUUAGUUCGACCAAUAAAACAUAACCAUAAGAGGCUUGCACAUACAGUAGAAAAGGAAAAGCAACCAGAUCCAGCAAUGGAAACUCCUCCACAUUUCAGGUGCCCCAUUUCAAUGGAGAUCAUGAAGGACCCUGUCAUCAUCUCCACUGGUGUCACAUACGAAAGGAAGAACAUUGAGAAGUGGCUCUUCACCUACAAGAAGCAUACCUGCCCUGCCACCAAUCAGAUCAUCAACAACUUCAAUAUCACCCCCAACCAUACCCUUAAGGGCCUCAUACUCUCAUGGCAAGAUCAAAAGACUCACUCUCCUAGCAAUUCCUCCCAGGAAUCCAUACAAAGCAAGCAUGAUGAGUUGAUCUCCUUGUUAACCACCAUUCAUUCGACCCCAUUCAAGGUAAAUUCUCUCAAGAAACUCCGAUCGAUAAUCGAAUUAGGUGAUGAGACCAAAGCUGAUUUUGUUCAAUCAGGAGGUGUUGAAGUUCUUAGCCACAUAAUUGUCCAAACUCUAGCAGAACCUUCUGAUUUCAUUACAUUUCGAGCUUGCGAAGAGGCCUUGUCUAUCUUACACCAAUUGGCCUUUUCCGACAAGGUAUUGCUUCAGAUGGGUUCCCUACGAAUGGCUAAGGAUGAGUUCUACCCAAGUCCCAACAAUGAAUGCAUCAAAGCCAUGGCUAUGAUGCUUCAAAGAGGAAGCGCGGAGGCCAGACUCCACACUGUUACUAUAUUCAAAAAGAUGGCUAAAGUGGAUUAUAAUUUUAAUUGGGUUAUUGAGGAUCAAAGUAUUGAUCUAUUCAAAUCCUUGUUAGAAUUCUUAUCAGAUGAGAUCAAUAGCACUGCAAGCUCCUAUGCUUUGGAUGUUUUGGUUCACAUCAUUGGAUCAUCUAAAAAGAAUAGGUUAAAGGCAAUUGAGGCUGGUGCUGUUUGUAUUCUUAUUGAGCUUCUCCCAGAUUACAAUGGAUCCAAAUGUGAGAAGAUAUUGUUGCUGAUCAAAUUGCUUUGUGAAUGUGCUGAGGGAAGAUUGGCCUUAGUUGAACAUGGAUUAGGGAUCGCUGCGGUCUCUAAGAAGCUAUUACACAUUUCGGAUACUGCAACUAAGCUUGGGGUGAAGAUCUUCUGGUUGAUAUGCAGUUCUCAUCCAUCAAUGAAGGUCUUGGAGGAAAUGUCACAACUUGGUUUUAUGAAGAAGCUUUUUGAAUUGGUACAUAUUGAUGGGCACUCAUCAACAAAGGAUAAAGCAAUGAAGAUCCUCAAGUUACAUGGAAAUACAUGGAGGCAAUAUCCUUGUUUCCCUUGUAAUUUGAAUGAUUAUUUGAAUUCAUCAAAUAAUAAUUUGAGGUGAAUAUUCAUCUCUAGUGAUUGUUCAACAAAUUUUGUUCCAAAGAGUGCUUGGUUUUGUACCUUUGUGGGUUUUGAUUUAUUAUUUCUUUCCUUUAUUUGUUGUUGUUGCAACAACUUGCAAUGCUGUAUAUUCUCUUCUCUUCUU